CUCGCCAUGAUAGAAGGAAAGACACCGCCGCCCGGCGUCUCAUUAUUUUGCAUCUACCUGUGCAUAGCGAAGCAAGCCAAGGCGCUGAACCACAUCGCUUUAGCCAAGCAGAUGUUGGACAAGAUGCUCGCACUCAAGAUACCCGUCAAGUUUCAGGAGAGCGUGGAGCUACUCACCCUGACCACACUAGCCCUACCCGGCGGCGGCACCGACGGCGGCGCGCUGUGCUGGCGCUGCCGGCGCACGCUGCCCGCGCUGACCCCGCUGCGCUGCCCGCACUGCCGCCACGCGCCCGCGCUCGCGCUGCCCUCGUACGAGGUCCUCCCGCUAGUUCUCUUCCGGCCGGAACCGGAAAUAUCUCCCGAGGAAGCGGAUGAACUGCUAGAGCGAACGGAGAUAGAGCCUGACUCCACGGAUCAUCUCACGAUAGGCGAGGACAGCGAUGCGCUGUUUCAAGAUGUUGGGUUUGAGGGCGAAGGCGAGCCGGACGGCGCAGUGAUAUGCAGCCGGGCGGCCCUACUGCGCCUCAACCCGGGCUGCGUGGUGCGAGUGGCGCGACCGCCGCCACUGCCGCCGCUGCUGUACCGCAACAUGAUGGCCGAGCUCGCCGUGGCCGAGUGCCGCCACUGCGCCACUCUAAUGUACAUGGAAGACAUGGAGAUCCAGGAGGCUACAAAAGGCCACUGUCCGUUCUGCCGCACCCCCCGCGCGCCGCCCGCCCCCUCCAGCCCCGGCUCUCCUACUAGCGACGAUGCUUCGCCUUAAGAGAUAUGAAACCGAUACUUCGCCUUAAGAGAUAUGAAACCGAUACUUCGCUUUAAGAGAUAUGAAACCGAUACUUCGCCUUAAGUGAUAUGAAACCGAUACUUCGCCUUAAGUGAUAUGAAACCGAUACUUCGCCUUAAGAGACAUGAAACAUGUGGACAAUGCUUCGCCUUAAGAGAUAUGAAACGUGUGGAUGAUGCUUCGCCUUAAGAGAUAUGAAGCUUAUGACUUCUUGGCGUUAAAGCCGAUUCACACACUGUUUAGUGCGAGUGUUAAGUAGACGUAAGUACAUUGCUGG